AUGAGAAGCUUUAGGACUAACAUCUCCAGUACCACCAGCUUCACAUUAACAGGCUUUCCAGAGAUGGAAAACCUGGAGCACUGGCUGGCUGCCUUCCUCCUCCUGCUUUAUGCUAUCUCUAUCCUGGGCAACACCCUCAUUCUCUUUAUCAUAAAGGAGGAGCAGAGUUUACAUCAACCAAUGUACUACUUCCUGUCUCUUCUAUCUGUCAAUGACCUCGGGGUGUCUCUUUCCACAUUGCCCACUGUACUGGCUUCUGUUUGUUUUCAUGCUACAGAGAUUGCUUUCGAUGCUUGCUUUGCCCAGAUGUUUUUCAUCCACUUUUUCUCUUGGAUGGAGUCUGGGAUCUUGUUGGCUAUGAGUUUUGACCGCUAUGUGGCUAUCUGUAGUCCCUUGCGCUAUUCUUCAUUGCUCACGGAUGCCCGUGUAGCCCACAUGGGCAUAUCCAUCAUAGUCCGCAGUUUCUGCAUGGUCUUCCCACUUUCCUUUCUUCUGAAGAGGCUGCCCUUCUGCAAGGCCAACGUGCUGACCCAUUCCUACUGCCUGCACCCGGACCUGAUCCGCCUGCCCUGUGCCGAUACCACUAUCAACAGCAUGUAUGGCCUGUUCAUUGUCAUCUCGGCCUUCGGGGUGGAUUCAGUGCUCAUCCUCCUCUCCUAUGUGCUCAUCCUGCGCUCUGUGCUGGCCAUCGCCUCCCGGGAGGAGAGGCUGAAGACACUCAACACGUGUGUGUCCCACAUCUGCGCUGUGCUCAUCUUCUAUGUGCCCAUGCUCAGUGUGUCCAUGGUCCAUCGAUUUGCAAAGCAGGCCCCUGAGUAUGUACACAAGCUCAUGUCCCUGGUCUAUCUCUUUGUGCCUCCCAUGCUCAACCCAAUAAUCUACUCCAUCAAGACGAAGGAGAUCCGAAGAAGGAUACACAAGAUAUUAUUGAAACCUAAGUUCUGA